CCGCUCGUGCACGCGCAGGACGCCGAAGGAGGAAGCAGUGUUUCUCGCAGCCUCUCAGUAGCUUCCUCGCUCCUCACCCACGCGCGACCAUUCCACGAACACUCGUCCGAAACCCCAGCAAGUGCGGACUUUUCGAGCCCACCUGUGACCGUUCUCUCUCUCUUUUUCCUUUUUUCGGUUUUGUCUGUUAUUUUUGGCGCCAACUUGGCCGUGGGAAGUUGAGGCGCAGGUGUCGCGAGCAUGGCUGACUGCGCGGCGAGCAACAGUGACGGCGAGGAUGGCCCCCGGGAGCCCAUGCGGGGCUGCCGCCAAGGGGCCCUCCGGCAGAAGAACGUCCACGAGGUGAAGGACCACAAGUUCACGGCGCGCUUCUUCAAGCAGCCCACCUUCUGCAGCCACUGCACGGACUUCAUCUGGGGCUUCGGCAAGCAGGGAUUCCAGUGUCAAGUCUGCUGUUUUGUGGUGCACAAACGCUGCCAUGAGUUUGUCACCUUCUCCUGUCCGGGAGCUGACAAAGGACCAGCCUCAGAUGAUCCGAGGGCCAAGCACAAGUUCAAGAUCCACACCUACUCCAGUCCCACCUUCUGUGACCACUGUGGCUCUCUGCUGUACGGCUUGAUCCACCAGGGCAUGAGAUGUGACCAUUGCAUGAUGAACAUUCAUAAACGAUGUGUGGCUAACGUGCCUAGCCUGUGUGGGACAGACCACACUGAGAGGAGAGGUCGCAUCUACAUCACUGCUGAGAUCAAGACCAACGUGCUCACUGUCACCAUUAAAGAGGCCAGGAACCUGGUCCCCAUGGACCCCAACGGCCUGUCGGACCCCUACGUCAAGCUGAAACUGAUUCCAGACCCUCGCAGUGAAAGUAAACAGAAGACCAAGACCAUCAAAUGCUGCCUCAACCCCGUCUGGAAUGAGACCUUUAAAUUCCACCUGAAGGAGUGCGACAAGGACCGCCGUCUGUCCGUGGAGGCGUGGGACUGGGACCUGACCAGCCGCAACGACUUCAUGGGGUCGCUGUCCUUUGGCAUCUCGGAGCUGCAGAAGCAAGGCGUGGACGGAUGGUUCAAGAUGCUGUCGCAGGAAGAAGGCGAGUACUUCAACGUUCCUGUUCCUCCUGAGGGGGAGGAGGGCGACGAGGAGCUGCGGCAGAAGUUUGAGAGAGCCAAGAUCGGGCCGAGCAAGAAUACUGAAGGGAAAUCGGCCAACGCGGCUCGCUUCGACUCCAACGGUAACCAAGACCGCAUGAAACUGUCCGACUUCAACUUCCUGAUGGUGCUGGGGAAAGGCAGCUUUGGCAAGGUGAUGCUGGCAGAGCGUAAAGGAACGGAGGAUUUGUACGCUGUGAAGAUCCUGAAGAAGGACGUGGUGAUCCAGGACGACGAUGUGGAAUGUACCAUGGUGGAGAAGAGGGUCUUGGCGCUCUCUGGGAAACCUCCCUUCCUGACUCAGCUGCACUCCACCUUCCAGACCAUGGACCGCCUAUACUUCGUCAUGGAGUACAUCAACGGUGGUGAUCUCAUGUAUCAGAUCCAGCAGGUGGGCAAGUUCAAGGAGCCUCAUGCAGUCUUCUACGCCGCAGAGAUCGCCAUCGGGUUGUUCUUCCUGCAUGUAAAGGGCAUCAUCUACAGAGACCUGAAGCUGGACAACGUGAUGCUGGACUGCGAGGGACACAUCAAGAUAGCGGACUUUGGAAUGUGUAAAGAGAACAUGAGCGAUGGAGUCACCACCAAGACCUUCUGUGGAACACCUGACUACAUCGCUCCAGAAAUUAUUGCUUACCAGCCUUAUGGGAAGUCUGUGGACUGGUGGGCCUUUGGAGUGCUGCUCUAUGAAAUGCUGGCUGGACAGCCUCCAUUCGACGGUGAGGACGAGGACGAGUUAUUCCAGUCCAUCAUGGAGCAUCAUGUCUCCUACCCCAAGUCCAUGUCCAAGGAGGCCGUGGCCAUCUGCAAAGGGUUGAUGACCAAGCAUCCCGCCAAGCGACUGGGCUGCGGUCCCGAGGGCGAGCGAGACAUCCGGGACCACAGCUUCUUCCGCUACAUGGACUGGGAGAAGGUGGAGAACAAGGAGGUGCAGCCGCCCUUCAAACCCAAAGCUAAGAGCCGGCGUGACACGUGCAACUUCGACAAAGAGUUCACCAAGAUGGCGGUGGACCUGACGCCGACGGACAAGCUGGUCAUCAUGAACCUGGACCAGGACGACUUCCUGGGCUUCUCCUACACCAACCCUGAGUACGUGGCUCCUGCCAACUGAUGACGCAGUGUCGCGCUCUCGCCGAUGAUCUUCUCCUCUGUCACGUUCUCUUGUCCCCAAACGUGAACGCUCCUCAUCGGCCGCCAUCUUUCCCUCAUCAGUACUUUUAUUCAAGCGGGGUGUUGCAAAAAGAGAGAAGAAGAGCAGGAUGGCCUUUUAUGUGCGAUAGCAGACCCAUAAGAAAAUGUGUACUGUGCUGUUUAUGAUUGUA